AUUCAAGGAACUCAACAGUCCUGUGUUACAUGCGCUCGAUGCCGCUAUAUUUCCAGGACCUUUAACAGGGAUCUAAUCCUAGUUUAUUAACUGACAGCCACCUAACUUUUGUUCUAGGCUAUUUAUUCCUCUGCAGAACCUAAAGGAGGACCACCGACCCGCUGCUGCAGGAUUCCCGCUGAAGUUGGAGCACAACGCGGACUGUCGGAGCUGGGAAGUUGCCCGUUUCCCCAUCGCACGCUCAGUCAAGCUUCAGACUGGUUGAAAGUUAUGGUUUUAAAUCUGGUUGUCAUACAGACUUGCACAAUGUUAAGGAGACCCGGCGCCUUCUGUGUGUGUGGAAAAUGAUUGCGAUCAGCGCCGAGCUUUUCAUUAUGGUGAGGAGAUGUCUUCUCACUUUCAAACCGUUCAGGAUCUUUGUGGUGGGAAUUGGCUUCUUCAGCUUAUGCUUUCUAAUGACCUCUCUCGGGGGCCAGUUCUCAGCCAAGAGACCCGGAGAUUCCCCCUUCACCGUGCGAGCCGAAGUGCUGGGUGGCCCAGAGUCUCGUGGGGUGCUGAGGAAAAUCAGUGACAUGCUGGAGGUCAUUAUGAAGAGGAUGGAUGCCCUGUCUAAACUGGGUAACACCACAGACACCCACAGGCUGGAUGAGCUCAGCUCAGCCCUGGACAGGAUUCAGCCUAUAGGGCUGGUGGAGCGGAUUCAGGCCAUAGCCCAGAACAUGUCUGACAUGGCAGUGAGGGUGGAGCAGAUCCUCCAGCGCAGCAUGGCCAGCAACAGAGUCAGGGAUGGCGCAUUAGGACAAUGUGAGACUCCUAAAGAUCCCCGUUAUCCAGACUGUCCCAGCAAGAUGGAUUGGAUGCGCGCUCGUUGGACCUCGGACCCUUGCUAUGCCUUUUAUGGUGUGGACGGCUCUGAUUGCUCCUUCCUUGUCUACCUGAGCGAGGUGGAAUGGUUCUGCCCCCCACUGGCCUGGAGGAACCAGACUGUCACACCCACCUUGAAGCCUCCGCCCAAGAUACAGGCUGUUUUCCAGUCUGACAUUGGGAGUCUGCUGGAGCAGGUGGGCACCGGGAAGGAAUCACUGAGCUUCAUGAAGAGACGCAUACGCAGGCUGGCAGCGCAGUGGGCCUCUGCUGCUCGACGGCUGGAUGACAAGCUCCGCAGCCACUGGAGAGAGCAGAAAAGGAUUCUAGUUCAUGUGGGCUUUCUGACAGAGGAGUCCGGGGACGUGUUCAGUCCCAAGGUGCUGAAGGGGGGUCCUCUGGGUGAGAUGGUGCAAUGGGCCGACAUCCUGACAGCCCUCUAUGUGCUGGGGCACAACCUCAAGAUCUCAGUUUCCCUCAAAGAACUGCAUGGGUUUUUGGGAGUCCCUCCAGGAAGAGGAAGCUGUCCUCUGACAGGACCUCUGCCCUUUGACCUCAUCUACACCGACUACCACGGCUUGCAGCAAAUGAAGCAGCACAUGGGUCUGUCGCUGAGGAAGCACAAGUGCCACAUCCGAGUGAUUGACACCUUCGGCACUGAGCCUGCUUACAACCAUGAGGAGUACGCCACGCUGCAUGGCUACAGAACCAACUGGGGCUACUGGAACCUCCACGGCCAGCAGUACAUGACCAUGUUCCCCCACACUCCUGAUAACUCUUUUAUGGGUUUUGUGGCGGAGGAGCUGAAUGAGACGGAGAGAUUGAACAUUCAACGGAACAAGGUUAACAAUAUGGCUGUUGUGUACGGCAAAGAAGCCAGCAUGUGGAAGCUCCAGGGAAAGGAAAAGUUUCUGGCCAUUUUGCAUCGAUACAUGGAGAUCCAUGGGACAGUGUACUAUGAGACCCAGCGUCCCCCAGAGGUGCCAUCCUUUGUCAAGAACCACGGUCUGCUGCCUCAGCAGGAGCUGCAGCAGCUCCUCAGAAAGGCCAAGCUGUUCAUUGGAUUUGGCUUCCCCUACGAAGGUCCCGCCCCUUUGGAGGCCAUAGCCAAUGGUUGCAUCUUCCUACAACCCAAGUUUAAUCCCCCUCACAGCUCUCUGAACCAUGAGUUCUUCAGAGGGAAGCCCACCUCCAGGAAGGUGUCCUCUCAGCAUCCGUAUGCAGAGCAGUACAUUGGCAGGCCGCAUGUCAUCACUAUCGACUUCAAUAACUCUGAAGGGUUUGAUGCAACCAUCCGUGAGAUCAUGAGGAUCAAUGUGGAGCCAUUCCUGCCCUACGAGUACACCUGUGAGGGGAUGCUUGAAAGAGUUCAUGCGUACAUUCAGAACCAGGACUUUUGUUCACCUGAAGCUCCGUUUCCUCCGGUAAACUCAUCUGGCGCUUGGCUGGGCAGCCCUCCCAGUCCUUUCAUCCUCCUGCCUAAUUCCAGCAUCCUAACCUGGGCCCCUAACGCCAGCUAUUACACAUCCUGGCCACCCCUCAGCGCAUUGCGGCUUUUGGCUUCGCUGGAGGACCAGUCGUGUGUAAAGGCGUGCCAGAAUGCAGGACUAAUCUGCGAACCCGCCUUGUAUCGUUUCAUCAACAUUAAAGAGGCCUUCAGCGCGCUGGACUUCCAGUGUGAGGGAUUGGAGUCCGAGAUGAACCACCUCUUCCCCGCCUUCUCAGCAGAGCAUGCUGAGUGUAGCCUGCAGCAGGACCCGCUGCUGUUCAGCUGUGCCGGCUCCAGCGCCAAAUACCAGCGCCUUUGCCCCUGCAGGGACUAUCGUAACGGCCAGGUGGCGCUGUGCAGAGACUGCCUAUGACCAGAGGAGGACCUGUGGACUGUGUAGACCCUUUUCUAAGGCAAGAUCCUGGUUGUCCCAUGGGACUCUCUUUGAAAAGGAGAGUCUGUGGUGAAAUGCUUUUAAGGCAAACAGUGACUCUGCUCACUUACCUCCGACUAAGGACUGGCUGCCAAAGUAGGUAAGAUGGUAUUACCUCUCAGGGAACUGCAUGAUUGUCCUUUGAAUUUGGUGGGUUUAAGGGCCUCAGCUUAAAGGUUUACAUGGCUGCAUUUGGACCAGAGUCUUCACAAAAGUGAUGAUGAAAUGUGUCAUUUGAUGGCUCAGUUACAUUAGUGAAGAAAACAUGAGCAAUUAAAAGGAAAGCUUUGUUCAAAAAAAUGUUUCAAAUGCUUGAAAGUGUUUACUCAGUGUUGUGUGAAUACGUACAGUAUUGUAGUGGAGUUUGGAUAUUUGUACUAGAUGCACCCAAAGCCAUUUACACCAUGUUGAGAUGUACUAUUUUACAUGUCCUGUAAUGAAUAUAUUUGUACAUAAGUGUUGUUUAAUAAAACACAGGAGG